ACAAUCGCGUUGACAGCACUUGUUUGUAUUUAUCAAAAUAGAAUAUGUCUUAAGAAAUAUUCUCUGGGUCUUAACAGGUCUAACAAGAAAGUUUUGGUGCAGUUGAAUAACGGUGAAGGGGCUUGCUAGCGCCUUUUGAUAAAUACAAACUUCGUACGGGCAAUUUCACCAAAAUGUCCUACAGUUGGAUGUGUUACUGUGUAGGUUCACGGCACCCCUACCUGCGUGAGUUGAUGGUUCACCCCCCGUGUUAAGGGCACUGUCCUGCGCAGGAGGGCCGAGGAGUCGUCUGCCAUCAUGCCUGCCUUCGUGUCCGAAGCGGCGGUGUCACACAACGCACCAUAUAUCGAUCCACAAUGGCCGCGCGGUGUGCUGCUCUACCAGCCUCUUCCAGAUUCACAGAUGACACUUAAUGACAACGCCAACUGUCUGGCUGUCAAAACUCUGCUACACAUGAACGACCUGGACUUCGAAGUGGCACCGAGGACGAAUGCCGAGGAUAUGUCGCCUACAGGUAAGGUCCCGUUCCUGCGGGCGGAGGAACACCUGGUGGCGGAGUGGGAGCCCAUCAUGGCGUUUGUCAACGCCAAGAAGUACAAUCUGGGGAGCCAUCUGGAGUUGUGGCAGAAGGCUGAGAUGAAAGCCUACAUGUCGAUGGUGGAGAAUGUUCUCAAACCGGCAGAGCUGUGGUCAUCAUGGUGUGACGAAGAAACGGCAUAUCAGGUGACGAAGCCCCGUUACGGGUCGCCCUACCCCUGGCCGUUGAACAGUCUGUUGGCACGGAGGAAACAGCGGGCUGUCUGGACCAUCAUGACGGCGCUGGGCUGGAGGGACAAGACUGCGCAGCAGGUGUAUGACGAGGUGAACCGUUGUUGCCUGGCCCUGUCCAACAGACUCGGCAGCAGUAACUACUUCUUUGGACACCAUCAACCAAACAAAGCCAUCAACGGAACAAAGACCCCUCUAAAGAGACAGCAAGCUGAGGACAAGGCACAAGAACCUGAGUCGGAAAGCCAACAGAAAGCGCCGUCUGAUGGAAACAAGAUAAAAAGCAAGCUGGGCGGAAGGCGAAGAUGGCCCAAAAUAUACGUGGACAAGCAGAAGUCUGUCGAGGAGAUCGAGUUCGUUGAGAAGACUUACGAGGAGGACGUGGACGGCAUCGUGACGGAGUCUGUCUCCACGUCAAUCAUCGAGCAGAGGCAGGACAAGAAGGAGACAACAGGAGGAACCGCCGACUCUCUCCGGGCCGCGCGCAACAGAACGGGAUCGUCGGCAGGUGGAAUCCAGAGGGAGCUGUGGAGGAAAGGAACAACUCCUCAGAGGAGAACGCGUCCCGUGUCGGCCGGGAAAACCAGAUCAACUCUGCCGUCAAGGCGGAGAAAGAGUUGAAGGCACAGACGGACCAGAAGUUUGACGGCAACACGCCACAGCAGAAUGGUUCAGUCAUCAAUAAAGAUGGUAACAAAGAUGGUGGCGACGGGAAGGGUUUGGGAGCCCAGAAAACGGCCAACGGCUCUGUGUCGGCUCGGCAGAACGGCAGAUACAGCCCGCAGAGCAGUAGGGACGUGUUCGCUAUGGUACAUCAGGAGGAGAGGGAUGAUGGCACCAAGCCCACCGAGCUGGACGCGUUAGUGUUCGGCCACCUCCACUCACUCCUGACGCCUGACCUGAGCCACCCCCGACUGCAGCAAGCCGUCCGGCAGCACGACAACCUCGCCGCAUUCUGUCACAGGGUCGCCACUAAAUACUUCAGCCACAAGCGCGACACGCUGUAGCUGGGAACACUUUACGUACCACUGGUACUCUCCAAGCAGAAGUUAGGCUCCGGCUGUUUAAUUGACGUUUUUAGGCGUUUUAUGGGGCUUUCCAUUUUGUACUGAAAAACAGCCGUCUAACAACAACAGAGUCUAACAUCUAGUAGACUCCGGCUGUUUUUUUACGUUAGGCCGCGAGACAUAAAGAAAAUAGUACAAAAUGGAAACCCGAUAAAAAAGCCUAAAGAAACGUCAAAAACAGGCGGACUCUAACCUCUGCUUGGAGAGUACACCACUGGGGCAUCGUGCGAUGUUCCUUUAUAACACAGAUCAUGACUGGCUGCACUAAAGUAUCGUGCCUAAUCUAAACGUUACGUUCUACAUUUGUCAUGACGACAAAGACUAAUAUAAAAGAGUAUGCAAACAUAGCCUAAUAAAUAAUGCACACACUGAUAACGUUGAAAUUAUCAAUUAAGUUAUCAAUGAAGUUUAGAACCAAGUAAUGCAAGUGCCAAAUACAUCUAGUUUUAUAACCAAUUAGAGUUUACAACACCAUACACGUUAUACCUCUGUAAUAUGGACCUAAAGUCAAGACAUGUGAAUCACAGACGUAUGUAUAUUUUCGGAGGCUAGAUUAAUUAGCCAGUGCAAACGUUUCCAAACAAACUUAUAAAUAUCUGAAUCUCAAUGCCAAAUAUCAUUUUGAGAAGUUCAUAACUUGAAUGUACAUGUAUGUAUAGGUUGACAUAGUAGUCCAAAAAGUAAAUGAUAUUUAUCGCUGCUGGUUUGUGCAAGACUAGGGAUUUUGGUUGUUACUUUAUUGUUGUCUAAAUUAUACUCGCGGAACUCACGGGCGAGAAAUACAUUCUAUCAUUGCCAUAGGGAUGUUUUUUGUUGUUGAAUAUGUGUUUAUUUGGUUGCUACAUUGCGUUAUUAUUGACGACAGCAAAACUUUGUUGAGGUAAGCCUCGUAUUUGAACAUUAUUGUUGUUACUAUCAAUACUGCUUGCGUAUCUUUCACCAUCAGUUGCCAAUAAAAAAUGAGAAAGG